AAGACUUUAUUUUGAUUAAAUUGAAGAAGAAAACAUAAAACGAAGCAAUAGAAUGAAGAUAACGCAGGCCAUGCCUUCGAAGUAGCGAAGCAGAGAGAAUGAGAGUGAAAGGUGUUUGGAAUAUGUUGAGAAUAAAAAUUUUCAGAAGGAGAAGCAAGUUGGUGCUCUCCCAAUCCAGAUUUCUGUGAAAGUCAGAAGACACUAAAUAGGGCUCAACCUAAAGCCAAGUCGCCCAUAAUUCUUUUGUCCCCAUACACACUCUCACCCCACCACCAUCAUCAAUUCAACCUUCUUUUCUUUUCUUCUCUUUUCUUCUCUUUUCUUCUCUUCUCUUCUCUUCUCUUCUAACUCUUCCAACAUGAAGAUCCACUGUGAUGUCUGUGACAAAAUGGAAGCCACUGUUUUCUGUCCUGCAGAUGAAGCUGCUCUUUGCCAUGCCUGCGAUCGCACCAUUCACCACGCCAACAAGCUUGCAACCAAACACCCUCGUUUCUCUCUCAUCUUCCCCACCUCCAAAGACUUUCCUCUCUGUGAUAUCUGCCAAGAGAAGCGUGCGUAUCUCUUCUGCCAAGAGGACAGGGCCUUGUUCUGCAGGGAAUGUGACCUUCCAAUCCACAGAGCGAACGAACAUACUCAGAAGCAUAACAGGUUUCUUCUCACGGGGGUGAAGCUCUCCGCAAAUUCUUUGGAUUCUGCUUCCUCCUCCACCAAUUGCACCGAUACACUCACUGAAGGAAAAAACGCUCGAUCUAGAAUCAACACACCCAGAUCAAUUUCCAAUGAAAAUCUAAGCUCCUCUUGCAAGGCUGAAGACAACGUGGGAAGUGACACUGGCUCGGUUUCCACCAGCAGCAUUUCUGAGUAUUUGAUCGAGACCAUACCCGGUUACUGUUUCGAAGAACUUCUCGAUGGUUCAUUCCCACCUAAUAAUGGUUUCUGUAAGAAGCAGAACCAUGGCUGCGCGUUUCAGGAGCAAGAUCUAGUUCAAGUUAGGACGUGUUUGGUUGGUUGGAGUUUAGGAAAUUCCAAAUGGGGGGUGUUAUGGUUGUGUUGUGCCGUUUCUUAAACUGGUUGUCGAUUGAGAAAAAAUCUAGACCAAGUACUUGUAAAAAUCUGUUGGAAAAUAUCUUCUAUGGUUUUGUUAUCUGCAUUUCUUUUUGGGUUCUGUGCUUGAUUG